GGCGGGCGGGACAGAGACGGAGCCCCUCCCCCGUCUGCCUCGUCUUAUUAUUCUUCCUCCAUUUUGAGUUGAUUUGAUUCAGUCUCCCCCUGGCUGCCAAACGCGGCCGGGCCAUGCCAUCCCUUCUUCUUGGUCUCUGCGCGGAGCUUUCCAAGCAACAAGAAAGCUGUUGCUCCUCCUAAUCUCCUAUCCUGUUGUACUAAGCAAAGCAUAUAUUGACCACGCACGAACAGAGCGACCAAUCCCCCUGUCCCCUCCCUUCCCCUUUUAUUUGCGUGUUCCUUUCCUUCCCUCUCCUCUCCAUCUCAUCUGGGUUUCCGUUUGUCAGCUCAGCCGAGCUCCUUUAGUUUUUUUUUUCACUUAGGGAUUCAAUUGAUUUGAUUUGAUUUUGAUUCAAGGCGGCAGCCAGCAGCAGUAGCAGCUACUUCUUCUCCAUUUGUAACCGCAGCAGGGAUUUCCAGUAUAACACAAUACAAUACAAUGGCCGGCGAAGAUGACGGCAACGCCACCAACGGCCGGCGGCGGCGGCGGAGGUCCGCCGUGCGCCUCAGCAAGCUCUACAGCUAUGCGUGCGGCCGCCGGCCCAGCGUGGCCGACGACCACUCCGUGUCCAGGAUAGGAGGCCCCGGCUUCUCCAGGGUGGUCACGGUCAACGCCGGCGGCGGCGAGCCUUCAGCGGCUGCAGCUGACCUGCUGCAGCAGCAGCAGCAGCAGAUGGCCUCCAGCAACUCCAUCUCCACCACCAAGUACAACCUCUUCACCUUCCUGCCCAAGUCCCUCUUCGAGCAGUUCCGCCGCGUCGCCAACAUCUACUUCCUCCUCUCCGCCGGCAUCGCCUACAGCCCCCUCGCCGCCUACAGCUCCUCCAGCGCCAUUGCGCCGCUUGUCAUCGUCCUCGUCGCCACCAUGAUCAAGGAGGCAAUCGAAGACUGGAGGAGGAACCAGCAGGACACGGAGGUGAACAACAGGAAGACUCAGGUCUUCCAGGUCAACAACAUCGGCGGCGGCGGCGGCUUCCGCGAUGCCAAAUGGAAGGACAUCCGCGUGGGCGACAUCGUCAAGGUCCACAAGGACGAAUUCUUCCCGGCUGACCUCGUCCUGCUCUCCUCUAGCUACGACGACGCCAUCUGCUACGUGGAGACCAUGAACCUGGACGGCGAGACCAACCUGAAGCUGAAGCAGUCCCUGGAGGCCACCUCCGCCUCGCUGCCGCCGGACGACGGCGCCAGCUUCGGGGCCUUCCGGGGCGCCGUCGUGCGGUGCGAGGACCCCAACGCGCACCUCUACACCUUCGUCGGGAACAUCGAGAUGGACGGCCGGCAGCACCCCCUGUCGCCGCAGCAGCUCCUGCUCAGGGACUCCAAGCUCCGCAACACCGACUUCGUGUACGGCGUCGUCGUGUUCACGGGGCAGGACACCAAGGUGAUGCAGAACUCCAUGAAGGUCCCGUCCAAGCGGAGCAACGUGGAGAAGAAGAUGGACCGGGUCAUGUACCUCCUCCUCUUCUCGCUCAUCGUCAUCUCGGUCGUCAGCUCCGUCUUCUUCGGCAUCGCCACCAGAGACCACGGCAGGACCAUGAGGAGAUGGUACCUUAGGCCCGACGACACUGAGAUCUACUACGACCCGAAACGGCCAGCGGUGGCAGCGGUGCUCCACUUCUUCACGGCCAUAAUGCUCUACGGCUACUUCAUCCCCAUCUCCCUGUACAUCUCCAUCGAGAUCGUGAAGCUGCUGCAGGCGCUGUUCAUCAACCACGACAUCCACAUGUACCACGAGGAGACGGACACGCCAGCCCACGCCAGGACGUCCAACCUCAACGAGGAGCUGGGCCAGGUCGACACCAUCCUCACGGACAAAACCGGCACUCUCACCUGCAACUCCAUGGAGUUCAUCAAAUGCUCCAUCGCCGGAACCGCGUAUGGCCGUGGCGUCACGGAGGUCGAGCGAGCAAUGGCGAGGAAGAAAGGCUCCGCCGCCGCCGCUGACAAUACAGACAAGGCCAAAAACAACGGCAUUCAGCAGCAGCAGCAUUUCCUGUCGUCGUCGUCGUCUGAUGAUAAUGAUGAUGGUGACAACAACAGUAAACCAGCAGCCACCAAGGGAUUCAACUUCGUGGACGAGCGUGUCAUGGGCGGCAACUGGGUUCACCAGCCCCGCUCCGACGCCAUCGAGAUGUUCUUCCGGCUGCUGGCGGUCUGCCACACGUGCAUACCCGAGGUCGACCAAGAGUCGGGCAAGAUCUCGUACGAGGCAGAGUCUCCUGACGAGGCUGCCUUCGUCGUCGCGGCACGGGAGCUCGGCUUCACGUUCUACAAACGCACGCAGACAGGCGUUUAUCUGCGCGAGCUAGAUCCCUCGUCCGGGAAACAGGUUGACAGGUCAUAUAGGAUCUUGAAUGUCCUCGAGUUCAACAGUGCGCGGAAGCGGAUGUCAGUGAUAGUUAAGGACGAGGAGGGCAAACUGUUUCUGUUCACCAAAGGAGCUGACAACGUGAUGUUCGAGAGGCUGUCAGGAUCGGGGAGCGCGCACAGAGACGUGACCCAGCAGCACAUAAACGAGUAUGCCGACGCUGGCCUGAGAACGCUGGUGCUCGCGUACCGCGAGCUGAAGGCGGAUGAGUAUGCGCACUUCGACAGGCAGUUCGCGGCGGCUAAGAACUCCGUCAGCGCUGACAGGGACGAAAAGAUCGACGAGGCUGCGGACCUGGUGGAGAGGGACCUUCUCCUCCUCGGCGCUACCGCUGUCGAGGACAAGCUGCAGAACGGGGUGCCUGAGUGCAUCGACAAGCUCGCCCAGGCCGGCAUCAAGAUUUGGGUGCUGACUGGCGACAAGAUGGAGACCGCCAUCAAUAUCGGGUACGCCUGUAGUCUGUUAAGGCAAGGGAUGAAGCAAAUCACCAUCACUCUGGAGACAGCAGACAUCGCUGCGUUGGAGAAAGGCAGCGACAAGGCCGCCUUAACCAAGGCAUCGAAAGAUAGCGUGGCGCGGCAAAUAAACGAGGGGAAGAAGCUCGUGAAUGCGUCUUCUGGCGAGUCCUUCGCGUUGAUCAUUGAUGGGAGGUCGCUUACGUAUGCGCUGGAGGACGACGCAAAGGACAUGUUCCUGGAUCUUGCAGUUGGCUGUGGAUCAGUCAUCUGCUGCCGCUCUUCACCCAAGCAGAAAGCUCUCGUAACCAGGCUUGUCAAAACGGGAACGGGUAAGGUCACAUUGGCGAUCGGCGAUGGCGCCAACGACGUGGGCAUGAUCCAGGAGGCGGAUAUCGGUGUUGGGAUCAGCGGCGCUGAAGGGAUGCAGGCUGUGAUGGCAAGCGAUGUUUCCAUCGCCCAGUUCCGCUUCCUGGAGCGUCUGCUACUCGUCCAUGGGCAUUGGUGCUAUAGCAGGAUCUCAUCGAUGAUCUGCUACUUCUUCUACAAGAACAUCACGUUCGGUGUGACCCUGUUCCUGUACGACGCCUACACGUCCUUCUCGGGCCAGCCUCUGUACAACGACUGGGCAAUGGCGAGCUUCAACGUCUUCUUCACGUCGCUGCCCGUGGUCGCCAUGGGCGUGUUCGACCAAGACGUGUCUGCUAGAUUCUGUCUCAAGUUCCCGAUGCUGUACCAGGAGGGGCCUCAGGACCUUCUGUUCCAGUGGCGAAGGAUCAUCGGGUGGAUGGUGAACGGCGUGGCCAGCGCCGUGAUCAUCUUCUUCCUGUGCACGGCGUCGCUGCAGCACCAGGCGUUCCGCAGCGGCGGGGAGGUGGCGGACAUGGCGACGCUGGGCGCCACCGCGUACACGUGCAUCGUGUGGGCCGUGAACCUGCAGAUGUACAUCACGGUGAGCUACUUCACGCUGGUGCAGCACGUGUGCAUCUGGCUCAGCGUCGGCCUCUGGUACGUGUUCCUCCCGGUGUACGGCGCCAUCGCGCCCAGCUUCUCGACCACCUACUACAUGGUGUUCGUGGAGGCGCUGGCGGGGGCGCCGUCCUACUGGGUGGUCACCCUGCUGGUGUCCGCCGCCUCCCUCGUCCCCUACUUCACCUACGCCGUCGUCAAGUCGUGGUUCUUCCCGGACUACCACAACAGGAUCCAGUGGCUGCGGCACAGGGAGAGGGCCAAGGCCCACCCGGACCCGGAGACCAGCGCCGACGUGGAGCUCAGCCAGGUCCUGCGCCAGUUCUCCGUCCGCUCCACCGGCGUCGGCGUGUCGGCCCGGCGCGAUGCCACGGCCGUGCUCCGUCGCCUCAACAGCACGACGCAGCGUGCGGACUAUUCGCAGUCACCACCCACCCCAGGUGUCGCAGUCGUCGUCGCAGCAGAUCGAUGAGCGAAAGCAUUCGUUAGAGUCUAUACAUACAAACAUAGAUGUAAAUACAGUAGUACACACUACACAGGAGGAAGGAAAAACAUGCAAGCUAGUGUCAACUCAACAACUAGCAUGAGGGCCAGUUUUUUUUUUUUUUUUUGAAGUAGCUACAAAUGAUGUACAUUAUUUGGAAGGAAAAGGAUGGAUGGGGCCAUGGGGGGAGGGAUAAAGUUUUAGUUUCAUUCUUUAGUUUUUUUUCUUCCUUUGAUUAAACACAGGACUUGCUCUUUCUUCAUGGAUCUCAAGGAUCCAGAUAUUUCAGGUUUUUCAGGAUAUUAGUGGAUCUUUCUGUGCAUUAUUGGGACGGUGUGUGAACCA